UCUCGUUCCGUUCCUCCUCUUCGAUCCAGAUCAUCGUCGAUCUCCGGAGGCGGCUUCAUCGUUUUCUUCACUUCUUCGGUCGAUCGCAGAGUUUCAUGGGUCAGAUUUUGGCGACUGUUCAGGAUAAGCUCCACGGGAGGCAAUGGAAGGAGAAACAGAUUCGGAAGAUUACAGAUCGGGUGUUCGACCAUAUCAAAGACGACUCCGCCUCCAGGGAUGCUCUGACUUUCGAGGAAGUCUACAUCGCCGUCCUCUGCAUCUUCAACGACAUCAACAAGCACUUGCCUGGACCCCACCAGGAUCCUCCCUCCAAGGAAAAGCUCAAAUCUUUGAUGAAGGAGUAUGAUGUUAAUCUCGAUGGGCUACUCGACCGCGAAGAGUUUACCAAGUUCAUACGAAAAUUGACAAAUGACACCUUAUCGACAAUUAGUGUGAAUCUUAUAAUCGCACUUGUGCUGGCUCCGACAGUGGCACUGCUGACGAAGAGGGCAACCGAAGGGGUUCCCGGUGUGGGUAAAGUUGUGCAAAAGCUUCCGAGUUCCGUCUACGCCUCCAUAAUUACCCUUGGGGUUGUCGUCGUCCAAAAGUCUACCGAGGGUUGUGAAUAAUUUCAUCACUUCUUGUUCUGCUCAGGAACAUUUAUGCACUCCUAUUAUUUAUAGCUUAGGAAAUAUUUUCUAUAGAAGUGAAGUUACUAAUUUGUGUAAUAAUGUUGCUUAUUGUUCUUGAGAAAAUCUUUACCAAUUAUGUGUGGUUGUUAUAUCAAUAAGCUAAAAACUGGAUAUUGUAAUUAGCUGAUAUUCUACUGUUUUAUUGACUUUGUUUUUUUAAAAAAUUUCUUCAACUCAGAUUGAAUAUAUGAUUUGUAA